AUGGUCGACCUGGGCUCCAUGACGGAAGCGACCACAUUCCUCAUCAAGAAGUAUAGGAUGAUAUUUGCUGAAAUUACGAAGGGUGAUCGACUUCGGGGUGGAGAGAAGAGCAGAAGACGACAGCUCGAGAAAUAUGGUCUCAUCAGUCAGACUCAAGACACAAGUUCUGCCAAAUCAAACUACUCUUCUGAAUCCCUCUCUCCUCAAAACCAACAACUCGCAAUGUCUGGUGUACUUCAGAUUUCUUUCCCCGCGGGCAUCGCUGCCAUCAGGAACAACUCCAGCCUCCGCGUCUAUGAGGCGGCCCUGGACGGCGGUGUCCGUGAGGCCCAGUAUGAGGGCCGCUGGGCCGGCGGAAAGCCCGACAACGUGAUCGCCACCGGCAAGAUUGGUACUCCUAUCGCGGCCACCUCUGUUGGCUUCCAGUACAUCCGCGUGUAUUAUGUCGGAGCCGACAACAAGGCACGCGAAGCCUGUUGGGACGGAAAAGGAUGGUACACUGGCGCCUUCGUCAAGGACGUGGCUCCGUACUCGUCCAUUGGUGCCGUUUUUCUUGGCAAGAACAUUGUCGUCCGCGUUUACACGCAGAAUCACGACAAUACUAUCCAGGAGUGGGUUUGGGAUAGCCCUAGCACUGGAUGGACUGCCGGAGCCAAUUUUGGUGCCGCCCUGCCUGGCACUGCCAUUGCUGCUACUAGCUGGGGCGCUGGCCCCUACCACAUUCGUGUCUACUUCCAAGACACCAACCGCAAUGUCAUCGAAAGCGGGUGGGAUGGGUCAGGAUGGUACACCGGCGGCCUGAAGAUUUCCAACCAAUCCCCGCGGGCCUCCCUUGGCGCGACUUCGUGGGGCGAGAGCGGAAGCAGCCUCGGUAUCCGCCUGUACUACGCCACGCAGGAUAACUUGAUUAAGGAGAAGGCGUGGGACGGAGGCGGAGGCUGGUACGAUGGCGGCUUCCAGCAGCGUUCUAUUCCGGGAUCUCGCGUGGCGGCGAUUCCCCUCCCUGUCCUGCGCGUCUACUUGCAGAACGGAACUGAGGUUUCCGGAAUCACCGAGUAUGCUUGGAACUCUGGCUGGGUCGUUGGGCAGGCUGUUCUGCCCCCUGCUUAA